GCUAACUGAACUCGUUCGGUAAUCAGAAAGGCAAAACAAAGGAAAAAUGAGCCCCACUUCGAAGAAGCCCAAGGUGGAGCUGGAUUCGUUAGAGAAGGUUACGCUGGAGGAAAAUGGAGAAGACAGAUGCAGAGACGAGGAGGAAGCGCUGGUCGCGCUCAUUGAACACAGGACCAAAGAAGUUGAGCAUCUCCGACAGAGGAUAACCUAUUACAGGUCUCAGCUUACAGAAGCGGAGAGGCGGUUACAUGAUUCACAAUCGAAACUAUCACGUCUUCGAUCAGUAGACAACUCAGUAUCCAAAAACCUUCUGGACAAUGGUGAUAAGAAAGCAAAACAGGAGCAGAGAUCAGCAAGCCCUAUUCAUAUUGACAAAGGUCAUAGUCGAACCAAGGCCCAAUCAAGACCACAACUUGUUAUUCCUGCAGUGAAUCCAAAAAUUGUACCACCUUUGAGAUUGGCAGAAUCCAAUAUGAAAGCUUCAGUCAGUCUUGAGAGUCAAGUUACUUCUUCAUUUCCUAGUCAAUCUAACAGCGUUGAGAAACCUUUUGGGGUUUCUUCCGAGUGUGAGGCUGUUGGAAUGCUAGAAGGGACUAAGAGGAAGCUAGAACAGAAACAACACAAGGAAUUGAUUCCUUUGAUAUGUAGCCGCUCGUCACCAUGCAUAAUCCGUUGCCAUCCAGGGUCCCACAUCUGCAGUCAACACAAGAGAAAGUUGAGAAGUCUAGCUUUGAACCCAAUUAAUGAUCAAGUCUUUGUGACAAGUGCGUUGGAUGGGGUCGUGAACUUGUGGCAAAUUCAGGCCAGAGGAUCAAGUGCUUCACUACUUAGCAGUACAGAUUGUGUAUCCCCAAAGCAAAGAAGAUGGCCAGAAGAUAUAGCUUGGCACCCACUUGGAAACAGCCUAUUUUCUGCCUACAGUGCUGAUGGUGGGGAUUCUCAGAUCUCAGUCCUGAAUCUCAACACAUCACAGGAAAGAAAAAGAGUAAAGUUCUUAGAAGAGAAGCCUCAUCUCAAAGGCAUUAUCAACAGUAUAGUUUUCAUGCCCUGGGUUGAUGUCUGUUUCACCACGGGUGGGAGUGAUCAUGCUGUAAUACUGUGGAGUGAGAAAGAUGGUGAACAAUUAUGGAAACCAAAGGUGUUGCACCGGAGUCUUCAUUCUUCCGCUGUCAUGGGAGUUGCUGGGAUGCAGCAAAAGCAGAUUGUAUUGUCUAUAGGUGCAGACAAAAGAAUCAUUGGAUAUGAUUUGCUGAGUGGACGAGCUGAUUUCAAGCACCAAAUAGAAAGUAAAUGCAUGGGUGUGCUGCCAAAUCCAACUGACUUCAACCUUUACAUGGUGCAGACAGGGGCUCCUGAGAAGCAGCUACGAUUGUUUGAUAUUAGGUUGAGACAGACUGAGAUUCAUGCAUUUGGAUGGAAGCAAGAGAGCAGUGAAUCACAAUCAGCACUCAUAAAUCAGGCAUGGUCUCCUGAUGGUUUAUACAUAACUUCUGGCUCUGCAGAUCCCAUGAUCCACGUCUUUGAUAUCAGAUAUAAUUCUCACAGACCCUCUCAAUCGGUGAAAGCUCACCAGAAACGUGUUUUUAAAGCUGUAUGGCAUCAUUCUCUCCCACUUCUUAUUUCCAUAUCUUCUGAUCUACACAUUGGAUUGCAUAAGAUUGUGUAAGUGCUUCAUCUCUUUUCUAUUCAACACUUUUGUUCCGCAUUUUCUACAUUGAGGUUAUUUGUUUCCCUUUUUCUGCCAUGUUGACUUCUAUGUGAAGGAAACAUUGCUGUUUUUGUUAUUUGAUAAUCCUUAAUAAAUGAUUCUAAAACUUUGGAGCAUGGCUUGAGUA